AUGGGAUUGGUCUCUUCCUUCGUUCUUGUCUGUGCGGUCACCUUUAUUGCUUACUUCAUCGCUAAGCAUUUGAAGUUGAAAAAACGGUUCAAGGGUAUCAACUGCCCACGUACCUAUCCCUUGAUUGGGCAUGCAUUGAUUGCCAAACCAGAUAUGGAGGGAUUCAUCAAUCAGGACUUUGUCCCAAUCUUCAACGAACAAGCGCAUAUUCUUGUCAAGAAACUCGACGACCUGCCUGCAGGAGAGCCUGUCGAAAUCAUGUCUCAUCUCACUCUGUGCGCUCUGGAUAUUAUUUGUGAAACAUCAAUGGGCAAGACAUUGAACGCUCAGUUGGACAAGGUUAUAGAGGAGCGUCAGAAGGAAUUAGAAGAGCGUCAGUGGCGCUUUGAUGGACGUCUUGCUUUUCUUGAUCUUCUUCUUGACAUGGCUAACAAUGGACAGUUGGCCGCCGAUGAGAUUCAGCAGCAGAUUCGGUAUCAUGGAAGUGAAAGUUGUGGUGUCGUGGAUUUUGCGCCACUUCAAUGUGACUUCAGUGCACAACAGAUGUGA